AUGGACCCAGAGAGCGGUGACGGUGGCGUAACGGCAAAUAGCUGGCAGCUCGAUGCUUCUUUCUCCGGCUCCGACCUUGUAUUCAGUGGCUCAGAGAAUCCGCUGCAGGUUUGGGGGGUCGUGGACCCGGACCAGACGAUGAACGACAGUGAGUCAGAGGACGUCCUUCAGGCCGUCGACCCACACGAAUUGUUUCCCAGCGGACCGCCUGCAGGGUCCUGGUCUGAGAGCGACAGCGGGGUCUCUGAGGACCCUCUGAGGACCCCCACCGUCUAUCAGGUGGUCUAUGACAUCAGCAGCCUGAAGACUGAACCGGGACAAGAAAACGUCUCCAUCGAGCUCGAUGGGUGGAGCUCUCAGGUGUUGUUUUCAGACUCGUGCGUCGUGAACCAGCUGCCUGUGAUUUUUGCAGCACGCCUCCAAGAUCCUCCAAGUCCAGACGGGGAUCUGCUGUUCCCAGAUCUGCAGCUGACUGAGGAGGAACAGAAGCUGCUGACACAGGAAGGAGUUUCUCUUCCCAACAGCCAUCCUCUCACCAAGGCUGAGGAAAGAAUCCUGAAAAGAGUUCGGAGAAAAAUCCGCAACAAGCAGUCGGCUCAGGACAGCCGGAGGAGGAGGAAGGAGUACAUCGACGGGCUGGAAAGCAGGGCAGUAUCUUGCUCAACACAAAACAAGGAGCUUCAGAGGACAGUGGAGCAGCUGGAAAAACGCAACAUGUCUCUGCUGACUCAGAUGGGACGGCUUCAGUCUCUGAUCAAACAGACGGUCAGUAAAGGAGCUCAGACCAGCACCUGCUUACUGCUCGUCCUGGUGUCUCUGGGUCUCAUCAUCUUGCCGAGUUUCAGUCCGUUCAGCCGAAACUCUUCUCCAGACGACGACUACAGACCCUCAGGAGUUAUUUCCAGAAACAUCCUCACAGAUCCCUCUGUCUCCCAGCCGACAGCAGACGACACCGAUGUUCCAGCUGUAUGGUCCGACUCCUUGUCACCGCCCUUUGAACUCGACCAAUCAGGACCUCCAGAAGCUGUCGCCAUCCUCCAAGAGCCAAUAGAACCCCCUGAAAGUACCGGCUCUGAUGGGAGCCGAUCAGUGAACGACUCGGCUCUGGUCUCCGGACCAGCUGAGCCGCUGGUUCUGGGUCUGAGGUCAGCGGGGGGGAAAGGAAGUGAUGUCACCAAACCUGCACAUGCUGACGAGAUGUAGAUGGAUGUUUUCAACACCACAAAGGAUUUCAUGUUCGAUGUCGAGCUCAAAGUCAAAACCAGCAAUGGACACUCUGAAUAAUUUGUCUGAAAUUAAUUCAUUGAUUGGUGGUUAACCGUUUAUUCUACUUUUAGCUUCAAUGAAUAGUUGGAUAUUUUGACAAAAUUUGCUAAUUUGCUUUUUUGUUAAGAGUUAGUUGGGAAAUUAAAAACAACAGUGAAUAAGAAGCUGAAGCCAGUUGAUCGGCACAGAGACUAGAAACCGGUAAAAACCUCCACCCAGUAAAGCUCACUGUUAACACGUUGUUUGGUGGUGACUUUAAAAAUGACCAGUGGUGUUUUUUAACAAGGCUCAAAGUGUCAGCCUUUUUCCAGCCUUUGUGCUAAGCUAUGCUAACUGUUCAGAAAUACCUCUGAAGGUGUAACUUCACCCUUUAGCCAGUUUAUUUUAGAGUUUAUACUCAAACUCCAAAACGAAAAUUCUUGUUUUUUUCAGCCGGGCUUUUAUUUGCUAACUUUGCACUUCUUCCAUCUUAGCGAUUUGGGAAACAUGGUGAUGGAAAUGUAUAUCUGUGUUAUUAAAUUAAAGUGUUACAGAAAUGAA